AUCAGUGCAAUUUCCUACAGUGGUCACUUCUCCGCGGAAACAGAACAAACUAUGUUGCUCGCUCUUAUUCUUCUGGGAUACAUUCCCGUCUUAAUGGGCGCUGCUAAAACCGUUCCAGUCAUGGACGAUACGAUGCAAAUUAUAAACGAUUUGCAGUUAAAAAUGGAAGUAAUUCAAUUGAAGUUAGAAGAAGAAUUAAAAUCAGUUAAACAAGAACUACUCGAAACCAAGAAAGAACUGCGUGAAAAGGACAAGAUUCUAUACGAUCAUGCGUCUAUUAUACAGAACCUGGUUUCCCAAAGUCAGCAAAAAGGUCGAGGUCGCAGACAGGUUACCGAGGCAUACUCGUUCACUGCAGUCCUGGAUCACCUUGAAGGAACUGUCCAUCCAGGAUCCGUCAUAAAGUACAACAGACUGAUAAGCCAAGAAGGUGAUAUGUACAAUAAUCUCACGGGCAUUGUGACCAUUCCCAUGACGGGAACUUACAUAUUCUCUUUCACAAUUGAUGACUGGGCGUCAGGUCAGAUGAUCGCUCGACUAUAUGUAGACGGCAUUCAUACAGUAGACGGUUUGGUCAGUACGGCGGGUGAUACAAGUCAGCAAGCCGGGAAUACGGCCAUUCUUGUGUUGAACAAGGGUCAGUCAGUGUGGGUGCAGAUGGGGACUGGCGGACGGUUUUACGGGGAUCAGAAUAACUUUCUUACAUCAUUUACCGGGGCGUUGCUUCUGUAAUGCGCUUGAAUUGAUUAUUCUUGUUAUGUUAAUGUUAUUAUAAAAUAUGGCAAAUAUGUCCAAACAUAAUAAAUUGAUUCGUUAUUAUUUUUA